AUGCCCUCAUCAUUCAUGUCUUUGUUACUAAUCAGCACAUUGACGUGGAGUUACUGCCACGCUUCUUCCCUUGACGAACAUUUAACGGUUGAUCAAUUAGCGCCUCAAAUCGAAUCUGAAGAAGUCCGUCCAAUUAGCGAACCACAAGAAGAAGUUGAUCGAAUCAAUGGCGAAAAUGCUCCAUCCAUCACGACCGGCCAAUGUAAAGCAAUCUUACCUGAUGGUCGUCUUCAAACGGUUGUCUACACCUGCGCACCAACUGGCUACAGCGCUGUCGUUCAAUACCAUAAAACAGGCAAUCACAGUGUUCGCGAUGAAGCCAAUCAAACGGCCAACGCCGAUGGAGUUCAACAACAUUUGCAGCCCAUCACAGAAAUUCUUUUUCGACCGACAGGCGAGUCUUCUAGGCCGACGGUAGCACCGGAAAUGACGUCCACUUCAUCCGUGGCUCCUCCGGUGGAUGUCACGUCCACUUCAUCGAUGACUCCUCCAGUGGAAGUUGAGUCUAGUUCAUCUACGAGUCCUCCGGUUCCAACGAGGAGAAGGAUGAAGUUAGAAUCGAUAACUGCCAUAACGCCACCGCAUCGAUUACAUGGAACGCCGGACAAGAUUUCUUUGGUUCAACUUCAACAUUCGCUACCAUCUCUUCCGGCCAUCACGACCACUCCAGCUGGACGGGGUCGCAAUAGUCGUGUUAGUACCGAGGCCCCCGAGCCGAGUUCAACAACGAAAUCGAACAUAAGAGGAAGAACAAGAUGGAACGCUUCGUUCGGAGGACGAAAAGUUCAAUCAGAACUUCCUUCUUAAUAAUUGU